CUCUAUAGUGAAAGGCAGUGAAAGAUUGAAGAAAGGAAAGGAGUUAGGAGACAACAAAAUGGCUGAUGCAUCGAGCAAGGUGUGUCACGGAUAAAUCGAGCAAUCAUCGGAUUACCUGUGAUUUCAGUGAAAAGUUUUGGUGUUUAUUAUUGCUGCGGCGCAGCGGGCUACGCGUCAGCCCCAUCGCGCGGCACCGUCGCCGGCGCCCGGGGACUCGCCCCGCGUCUCGCGCGCGUCUUUGGAGCCCUAGCUCCUGCUAUACCGUGAGCGGAGCGCCGAAGGAUGUCGUCCCGCCGCAACGGGUCGGUCUCCCGCGCAGCGGAGACAGCCUCCAAGAACCGGCUGCACAUGGACAGGAAUCCGCAGCAUUCCCGGAUCAAUGCAGACCCCUCGAAUCCCGCCGGGCGUCGCAAGGAGAUCGACAACGUGAUGAAGAGGGCCAGGCAGGCGUCCCCCGGCAGCUGGGACAGGAAGCUUCUCGAAGUGGAGGAGAGAGAUCCAAACAGAUGGCGUCACACGGGCUACAAACAGUUAUAUCUUGAGGGCGGUGGCUCGCCGAAGCGAUCGCCUGUCGCCGGAAGACGCUCUCGAACUCGAUCGCCGCCGCCGCGGCGUUCGCGAACGCCGGUCGCCCGACGUUCGCGAACACCGCUCGCUCGCCGCUCGCCGCGUAAAUCCCGUUCGCCGCGGCGGAGCCCCAGGCGGAGCCCUAUCAGACGCAGCCCCCCCCCGCGCCGGCGCCCCGCGCGCCCCUCCCCGCGCCGCGCGAGGCCCCCCUCACCUCCCCCGCGACAGUCGUCCGGAUCAGGGUCCUCAGUGAGCAGUUGCUCGGACGAAUCAUGUUCUGUGUGCUCAGCUAAGAACAAGAAACCUGGAGCGCCCCCUGUCCCCCCCAAGGGGGCUAAACCCCCCCCACCCAGGCCCAAAUCAAAAUCACCGAAUCGUAAACGACCGGCGCCUGCGCGUGCGGUCCAACCGACUAGAGAACUCCUCAAAGCGAGGGAGGCCAGCAAGAGGAGUCGGGAGGAGAAGGUGUUGGAAUGGCAGCGCUCCCAGCUGUCGGCGCACCCCCCCCGCGCGCCCCUGCCCGCGGCGCACAUCAAGCGCGAGGGCGAGCGCCGCCCGGCCGCCGCCGCCCCCUCCCCCUCCCCCGCCCCCGCCCCCGCGCCCGCGCAGCGCGCCCCGCGCUCGCCGCCCGCGCGCGGCGUGUCGCCCGCCGCUAUCGCCGCCGCGCUCGCCGACAGCGACGACAGUGAGACCACGGCCAGCGACGAGCCGCCGCAGAGACUAACCCUAUCGGAGCGAUUUGGCAAAAUGGCCCAAUGGUCGGCCGAUCGUUCGGCUCGACUCGAGAAUAUGCGCAUUACUAGAAGAGAGGCGACUCUCCACGUGAGGAUAGAGAGGGACGAGGAAGCCCACGCGGCAGAGAUGGCCGCUGCAGAGCCUUACGUCGGCGCGGAUCCAGAGCCUUUGGGCAGCUAUCCAGAGGAGCUGUUGGCUGUGGCGCCCAGCGGCCUUCCGUCAUGGGAUGACGUCAGAGUGCGUUAUGAUUAUUACAAGAAGAGGGGUUAUCUCAGAGGACUCACCCUCGGAGAUUAUGUGAAGUGGGAAGAAUGGUGGUACAAAUACCAGGAAUGGCUUAAACGUGAACGCGCGUACGAGCGUUGGGCGGACGCCGACAUGGGAGGAUCUACGCGGCGCGAGCGCCGCCGCCGCGGCGGGCGGCACCGGCGCAGCUGAGGGCGCGCCGCCCCCGCCGCGGUCCUCAGCGUGGACCUGGGGGGGGCGCCGCGACUGUAAGCGGCACCGACGUGUAGCGGGUGACCUAGCAGUUUAGGCAUGCGUUUAUGUGUUGGACAAACAGACAAAAUAUAUAGUGAUUUAGUGAAAAAAAAAGUGUUUAUUCUUAGUGUAUCGAGUGAAAUAUAGGGAUGUCUCGAAGCGGACUGUAAAUUGUAUAAAGUUAUGACGCAAUUAAUAAUUGGCUAUUCGUCAAAGUCGAAUCUGAUACUUUUUACUAAUGUAAAAAACGAAAUUUUAUAUGAAGCUUAUGGGACAGUGAUGUAUUGUGACGUCACGGAUUUGGGAGUCAAAAAACACUUCUAAUAUACAUCGAUGAGAGCGAAAAUACAGUAAAACUCGUAAUCAAUAAACAGUUUUAGGGUGAAUUUCACGAGCGUUCUGAACUCCGCCGCGGGCUCUCAUUAGUGUUUAUUAAAUUGUACCGUACACAGUAAUCAAUUUAAUCAUCCUAUUUUAUAAAUGUACAAUGUUAAUUUUAUAAAUGUUUUAUUUAAAAAAAAAGAUUAUUCAAAAAAAUGUGCGACACUAAUGUAACGCUACACGCCGCGUUCAAACAGUCAUGAAAUUCACCCUUUAUUGAUUACGAGAUUUACUAAUUUAAAUUAAUCAAACACGAUAAUUUAAUAUCACAUUGAUAUUCAUGAUGGUCAUAAAUUAAUUACAUAAUUACUUUAAGUCAUCUCUUACAGGUACAAAUCGAGUAUCGCCUCAUAUAGUUAUAAUAUUUAAAUAUAACAUUUGCAUUGUUAUAUAAUCGUCACACUAAUAUAUCUAUCAACUAGAUGUUGCCCGGGGCUUCGCUCCCGUGGGAAUUUUGAUAUAAAAUAUAGCCUAUCAAUCUUGGGUAAUGUACCUUUCUAAUAUAGAAAGAAUUUAAAUCGGUUCGGUAGUUUCGGAGAUUAUCCGCCUCAAACAUACAAACUCACAAACGCUUACCUCUUUAUAAUAAUAGUAUCUAUCAAUUGAUGUGACAUUAAAUUAUCGUGUUAUGUGAAUAACUACAUACAUUUUAUGUUUUAUUCAGUUGAGUAGCCAAUUAUAACCCCCAUUUGUUUGAGUACUUAAGUACUUAUAUCAAAAUCUAGACGUGUUUUUUUUUUAUUCCAGAAAGUAGGUAAUUAAUAAUUUAAAAAAAUAUAUCUUAGCACAUUAUUGUAUUGUAUGAAUAUAUAAAUGUAUAAAACUAAAAAAAUAUCUGGUUAUUCUGUUCUGGUCUGGUCUGAGUGAAGGAAAAACAUAGAAUGUGCCAGCUACUUCUCUUCCCGCGAAUAUUGUAAAAGUCUAUCAAGGGAAAAUGCUAUGAAUUGUAGAUUCUUCUCUAUCACCCACAAAUUGAGCGAAACGCACAUUGUGCGAGGCUGUCAUAUUGAGAAGCGGACAUUAGUGUACAUUUUGCUAAGUGUACAUUUUGAGCAGUGCACAUUUUGUGAAGUGUCCAUUUCGAGUAGUGUACGUUUUGGCGAAUUGUUCAUUCUGCGUCAAGUGUGCAAAUUUUGCGAAAUGCACAUUUUGCGCCAGGCCCUUUAACUUUUAGUCAGGGACCGCUAUCCCUUUCACGGGAUUGGUUCCAUGGGUUUGAUUUCGAAAGUCGUUCGGUGCUGUAACCCGUUCAAUUUGCUUUGGUAAGCGCUGUAUCAACGACUACAAAACCCUUUCUUUGAGGUAAGUCAUAUGAAGGGUUUAUCCGUUCAGAUAGCAGUCUAAUUUAUGCUUUAAGCUCAGGCCAUACGGUCUUAAUUUGAAUAUAUUGGAAUGCACAAUAAAUACCUACUAAGCGCGUGCGGUACAGCGGUGCGUUAUUAUUUACACGAUUCAAUGUGUCAUUUCGUGUCUUUUAGGCUCUUUACACACGGAGCUACGCAAAUUUGCACAGGAGUGGGGUGUGAUGAAAACUACCCCCGCAGGCAUUUAAGGGGAAAGCCAAACAGGGUAAGCGCUAUAACGAACGGGUUACCCCCUACGAUAGAGUUAGCCUUAUCACAUGGGAAACAUUGGUUUAAUUGUACAGUAUAGCAAUUCGCGGAAAUAAUUAAAAAUCACAAUGAUAACAACGGAUUUUAAGAGCAAAUUGGUUUGUGAGUGAAAAAUUACGUACGGCCGCUGUCAAUGUCAGAAUGACGGUCGCCCGCUAUGACAGCCACAACUCGAUUCGGGGUUACCCGCUCUUAAAUUAAAAUCGAUUAUUCAAAUAAAUGGCGCUCGUACAAAAUACGCAAUACGCAUAAUAGAUAAACAACUUAAUUUCAAAAUUUAAACAAUAACUGAUUUUAACAAUUGAUUAAUAUAAAACGCGCCGUUAUAUACAUAUUUAAAAUAUAGUACCUCCUACUAUUUUGGUCGUUUUCGAAUAUAAAAUGCUUUAUGUAAUUUCUGUAAUAGGUAUACAUAUUAUCUGAAUGGCAGAGAAGAUAAUCAAGAUUAUUAGUGGAUAUUGUUAAGUGUAAAUAACUUAACUUACUUUUGAACAAAAAAUAUUCUAACCUCUACUUUCAUUGCACACUUCUAUCGCAACGCUGUCAACUACUAAAAUGAAGAUCAUUGAAAAUAGAGUUUUUUAAGCGUCCUCUGUGGAUACACUUUGCAUUGACAAUGAAUUCGAUGUCAGCUCUCGAGUUGUCAAUGUAAAGUGUGUCUACAGGGAACGACAUAAAGCCCACUUUUCAAUGUUCGUCAUUUUGCGAGGGGGGAGCGGUGCUCUAGAAGUUUGUUAUAAACUUAAAACCGAUCAAUAUAUCGUUUAAAUUGAUGAGAUUUUGUAUUUAUUUCAUUUAUUUUUCGUUAAAAUAGGAUAAUUAAUUAAGGAUUUUAAUGUAAUGACUUGCACAGACGCUGUGCAAUGUACGUGUGCGUUUUUGGAUGAAAUUAUAACACGUGAUUACGGUCCAGAAAGAAACCCACGCGCACGUGUUACGCAAUAUUUGUGCACCUAUCUUAAAACGUAUGUAUAAUAUACUGUAUACAUAAAACAUAUUAACGAAAAUAAAUAAAAAAAUAUUAUAUAUAUAUAUAUAUAUAUAUACGUCUCAUUUGAGUGUUUUAAAUUAAUACUAUGAUAUUGAUUAAGAUAAGUAUCAUGUACGCGGGAAAUCUGCGUGUAUGUGUUCGCUGCGGUCAGGUUUGAUUGUUAUAAUACGUUUGGCGUGUUUAUUUUGCAGUGAAUAUGAGUGAACUUAAGUAGAAAAUUCGUUUCUUUUUCUAUGUUCCUUUCAGUAUAUUAAAAAAAAUUAACUAAUGGAAUAACGAAGUAUAUAAAAUGAACAGAAUUUUUGUUAUCCAAGCUUUCAGUGUUUAAUCAAAUUAAGGCCGCCAUUGUAUAAUCUUUUAAAAAACUGCCAACACGCCAGUUGCGAUAAAACACGCCUGGCGUGUUUGCGAAUUCAAUUAGAAACGCGCGACGCGCACGCCACGUUUUCGAAAUAUAAAUUGACACGUAAAAUUUACAACCUACGACGCAUAAAAGGGUAAUUGAGGUCGUACCUCGUCUUAGAAUAUAUAGGUUUUAAAUAUACAUAACAAGGUUAUGAUAGAACACGAUCAAUUUCAUAGGAUUAGAGGGUUAACAUCAUAAACAAGAAAAAUAUAUAUAUUUUUAAUUCAGUUUUUAUUUCAUAAUCGUCAGCCAUUUUGAUAUCCCCACUGCUGGGGCAGUUGCCUACUUUAUGGAUUGAUAUGGAGUAUGGGCUAUGACCCAACAUGCGGGCCCAAUUCAGUUUGAUGGGUCAGAUUUUUCUCCCAUUGUCCGUUUUAAUACAAAGGCACAAACAUAGACAAACAAAUGAUAAGAGAGGACAAUAAAAUAAAAAAACUAUUUUAUACAUAACUAGUUAAGUUAUUCGUAGAACAAUAGUUGUUAUUAAAAAAUCAUUAUUCAUGUUAGGAUGAUAUACAUCACUUAUUGACGUCAAAAAUUACUAAAAACUAAGUCAAUCGCGGACCUCCAAAGCGCAGGUGAAGAAGCAGCGCAACAAACUUCACCCAGUCUCUUCUUCAAAGCAGACACUUCAAGAAAGUUUGUCGUGAUGUUAGCUUUUUUAGUCCUACGAGAUUCUUGAUGUUUUAUAUGUAACCGUGUUUAUUAAUAGCUUAUAUAAAUUGUAAAUACGCGAGAAAUCUCUGUAGAUUUUAUAGUAAUAUUAGUAAUAAAGAAGUACAUUCAGUAAUUGAAAAGGUGAAUUUCAAACACUAUUGUAAAACGUCAAUGUUUUGGAAACUUAAGAUAAAAUUCAUAUUUAACUUGAAUUUUUGUGGUCCAGUAGUUAAGACGCUCGCCUGUGACCGAAAUGUCCACUUGCUUCCGGUGAAGGAAAACACGAGAAAACCUGCACACUGCUUGACUGUUACCUGCAUUAACGUAUGUGACACCUUACCACUACAUAUGGCAGCUGUAAUAGUAAUGACCGAUGCCUUUAUCCAGACACAGAUCUAGCUAAUAUACACACACACUCGAUAAAAAAAUAUGGAAUAUAAAUUCUAGUGUUUAAAAAUCACCUUCCUUAGCAUAUAACUUAACGUUUGAACAAAUAAAUUUAUGUAAUUAUAUCGCUAUGUAUUGUAAGUUUGAGAUUCACGAAAAAUCAUGUCUGCUUGUAAUUUAAUGUAAUGUAAAGUGUGUCUUCAGACGAUGUUUUAAAGCUUACUUUUCAAUGAACGUCAUCUUGCGGGGGAGCGAUGUAGUAGAAGUGUGCUAUGAUUUUAACUCGUCUAGUAUAUAAUAAUAUUUGUAGGACGACCCUUACUCCGAUAUAAUGUUGCGCGUCACUCAAAACUGCUGCAUAAUCUGAACGUUAGGGUCGCUGCAAUAUUCAUAAAUUAUAUGUACAUUAAGUUAGUAUCUGGUAGAAUAACAGUUUUUUAUACUAGCAUUAUUAAUAUAAUGUCAAGAAUGACAAUGUGAAAUCUCAAACCGAAACUUCGAUAGUUGAUGAGACAUUGAUGCGUAGACAAAGAACAUUGUAGACCUUGUUUUUCAAUUUCGCUCAUGCAAGAAUAUGCAGUGAGUUAUACAUACAACAACAUAAAAUAGUUAACCCGUCGAUCGCUUAAAGCUAAAUAAUGUUUAAACUCUUGUACUUCGCAAAAUUUGGCAUUUUAUGAAUAACAGAGAUGGUCUACAGUUUUGUUUGAAUAGGCGACCCGCAAGGGAAUCUUUCCAUCUCUUUCACACGUAAGAUUUGUGCUUGAGACGAUAAAUGUGCUCAUCAGUUGACGUGUCACACUGGUCGAAAGUCACUGUCGUACUAACAGUCAACUGUAUAAAAUGGCGAAUGCCCUCAUUAUGAAGUCUUGCCCUGUUAUUAAUGAAAAAGUCAAAGCGGUUUUAUGCUAAAUUAUGCUUUGUCACUGUCGAACUUUACAAUAUUUUACAUUGACAGAACGAGACAAAACAUACUUUAAACUGUGCUUAAAUUUUUUAAAGAAUGACAUGGUUAUUUAUUAUGGAAUACAUAAUUAUUUAUUUAUAUUUUGUAGACGUAACUAAGGCUAGUUAAAUGUAUUCUUGAAUCCGAUAGUUUUAUGCUCGUCCAUUGUAACCAAGAUAUAUUCGAACGUCCAAGCCAUAAUUAUAGGACUCAAUUGGAAAACACUUAAAAAUAAUUAAAAUCUGAACAAGCUAAAAAUAUCAUUUUGUUUUUUACUUAGUAGCCUCAAUUCAGUGUUCAAAACGAUGUCUGUGACAAACUCACUCAUCGCGUGUUUUUAGAAUUGAGCCAGUAAACUGAAACACGCGUGGUGUGUUACCGCGUAUUAUAAAGAUUUGUUUGUGUGUUCGGGGCUUCGCUCCCGUGGGAAUUUUGAGAUAAAAUAUAGCCUAUAGCAAUCUUGGAUAAUGUACGUUUCUAAUGGGGAAAGAAUGUUUGAAAUCGGUCCGGUAGUUUCGGAGAUUAUCCGCCUCAAACAUACAAACUCACAAACGCUUACCCCUUUAUAAUAAUAGUAUAGAUUAGCUGAAAUGGACUGGAAACUAUAGAGACAACGGACAACAGUUUAACUGGUACUUAUAGAGAAAUCUUUUCCCAUUUGGUUCCCUCGUCCGUAGUAUAGUUUUCUUAGUCUAUGGUCGGACCUUCUUUCAUAAAAAAAAAAAAAGAAACAUAAUUUUAAUUAAUAUACGUUUAAAUUUUUUAUGAAUAAGACGGUAACUCUAACAUAUUAAUCAUAUGUACAUUAAGUACUGGCAAAAGCGCGGCCUCGCCGUUCCGUCGCGCUGCGCUCCGUCAUCGGAUGAACGCAGUGUUGUGUGUAAUUGAAUUUCGUAUGUACAACACAUCGGCAACGCUGCGUCGACGCAGCGCAGCGGGACACAGCAGUGGGGUAGCAAUAAUUCGUGUGAAAUUCCUGUAAUGCUUGAAGUCGCUUUUUUAUUUUUUAAAUUUUACUUAGAUUUUAACUUGGAAUCAUGUCAUAGACGUUAGCGAUAAAAAUAAAAUAAAAAAUAUUUAUAUCUGUA